AUGGCGAAGCAGUCUGAGGAAGCACUGAGAAGGAUGGCAGCUACUGAGAGGAAGAUGUGUCAUGGGCAGAGGGAAAGCACUUCCGGCACAAAAGAUACCAGUGCCCGGGGGACAUCUGGUGUCCGGCCCACAGACAUGUAUCAGCAAUAUCAUUGGCACCGCAGGGAUGUGGGGAACAGGCCGGCCCCUCACACAUACAGUAACAGGGGGCCUGGGCCUAACCAGUGGUGCAGAGGUGGUGUGGAGCGAAGGUGGGAACGUGAGGCAGAGAGCUGUGGGGAGCAGAUGUGUGCCUAUCGGCCAGAACGCAGCGUGGGACCCAGCCAUGGCCCUAAAACAGUUGGCAGCGUUCAAUCCAUGCCUGGAAAUGAACUGGACAGCGGCAUGGGGCCUAAAUGUGGAACUGGGCGACCCCCUGGUUCGGCACCCUGGCCUGAAAACAUACCUGAUGGAAGGCAUCCUAUGUGGGCAGUCCCGGGCAAGGACUGGCUUGUCCUCCUGCCUAACACUGUGGAGCCCAUGGAGGUGGGUCCACAAGAAGAGGCAGAGGAACCCAUGGAAGUGGAUCCACCUCAGCCACAUCAGACCUGGGACUACCCCGGCAGGUCUUUGCUCUGUGCCAUCAGAGAACACCAAGAGCUUCACAGCAGGGCCCGGUGUGAUCCAGAACAAGAACUAAGCCAUGAUGGCUUACAUUAUGCAGCAGACGGACACUGGAAAAGCAUUAAUUCCCUGAACUCUGGAAACAGUGGCAAUACCUCAACUGCUCUAUAUGACUGCUGCCAAGCAGUUCUGAAGGCCUUCCAGCCGUGGAAUUGGCACACAGGGCUGUGUGUACACACACCAGGGCAGGAGCCGUGUUCCUCAGCAGCACAGGCCGCAGCGGAGCAGGCUGAGGCCCAAGCUGCCCACGCUGCGCUCGCAGGAGCCGCAGCUCAACUUGCGUCCUUGGCCCAGCUGGGCACCCAGCUUUCCCGCAAGCUGCUUGCUUGGCACAAAGGUAACGCCUUUACUUCCCAGCUCUGUUCAUCCCUUAUUUCUGCAAGGCACAGGCACCAACUCCCGACCUCGCAGAGGCACCGGGCGGCUCAGUUAAUGAUUUGUGUGGCGCUGAGAAGACGGCCCAGGUCCGUCGGGCGGCGAUCACCGCGCGGGCAGCGGGGCAGGGAAGCCUCGGGCCGAGCCUCGCGGCGCUCUGGGAGCCGUUACGGCCGUUGGGGGCUGCCCGCCGGGGCGGCCUCCUCAGGAGCGGGGGCUCGCCAUCCCCGCACCCACCCCGACCCCCUGUCAGGCCCGUCCCGCCGCCCCGAGCCGGGGCAGGUGCGCUCCCGGCCGCGGCAGGUUCGAGGCACGGCAGGCGGGACGGCACGGGUCGGUCCCCCCCCCAACUCCCCGCCGCCCGCCCCCGCCACCGCCCGCAGGCGUGUGCCGGGGAAGGCGCUCGGUGCCGCUCGCCGCCCGGGCGGCGCUUCCCCCCCCUCUCCCCGCCGCGUCCCCCCUCCUCCGCAACCGAGAGCAGCCUCCGCCCGGCAGCGCCGGGGCCGCUCGCCGACGUGCCUGCCGCGCUGUCGGGACGGCGCCGCCGCCGAUGGCCGCCCCGUUGCCCGCCGUGCCGCCCGGCCCCCGCGGCGAGGUGCGCUCCCCCGGCCGGCACCCACCGCCGCCGCCCCCCGACAGUGCUUAACGGAGCUCUUCAGCAAGUACAGCAGCGAUUAGCUUCCAAACUCUUGCAAGUGCUGCUUGGUGAUAUUUACGACACAGACAUAUUUAAGUCACCUGAAACUACUGAGACAUUUAUUUUGUGAUGGAGCUAUGGAGAUUCAGAUACAAAAGAGAACAAAGAAAGAUGACAGUGUUUUGGAGAUCCCAUCAAUUCCAAAUCCUUUUCCUGAGCUGUGUUGCUCUCCGUUCGCAUCCGUUUUGUCAGCCAGUCUGUUGCCCAAGGCAACUUCAAGAAAAAAACAGAAUUGUUUGCAUACUUGCCAUGGACAAGCCAAGUCUUUUAUCUGUAGAAAAGAAAACAGAGAUAUCAGUGUGGGCCUUCCCAAGGACAGAAGACAAGUUUCUAAGCUCUUUGGUUGGUUGAUUCCUGGUUGUCAAGUUCUAAGAAAAGCAGACAUGAGUUUGUCUUCAAGAAGAGUGACAUUGCCUGCAGUUAUGCCAAUAACUCUGCAGAAACGGGUAAUUAAAGUUUAUAGUGAAGAUGAUACUAGCAAAGCUUUGGAAGUCCCAACUGAUAUAACAGCCAGGGAUGUAUGUCAGCUGUUGAUAUUGAAGAACCACUAUAUUGAUGACCACAACUGGACUCUGUUUGAGCACCUUACUCACACAGGUUUAGGAAGAGCUAUAGAAGACCAUGAAUUAGUGACAGAGGUCCAGUCAAACUGGGGAAUGCAAGAGGAAAACAAAUUGUAUUUUAGAAAAUAUUAUGCCAAAUAUGAAUUUUUCAAAAAUCCUGUGAGUUUUUUCCCAGAUCAUAUGUUAUCUUUUCCAAAUGAGACCAAUGCACCUGUAAGCCACUCUGGGAUAUUACAGAUGUUCCUAAGCUCCAGCACAUAUCCUGAGAUUCAUGGUUAUUUGCAUGCAAAGGAACAGGGGAAAAAAUCAUGGAAAAAACUGUUCUUUCUUUUGAGAAGAUCCGGUCUUUAUUUUUCCACUAAAGGUACAUCUAAGGAGCCAAGGCAUCUGCAGUUUUUCUGUGAAUUCAGCAAUAGUGAUAUGUACAUGUCUUUGACAGGCAAAAAGAUUUCUGGAGCACCAACAAACUAUGGAUUCUGCUUUAAGCCUAACAAAUCAGGAGGAACCAGAGACCUGAAACAGCUCUGUGCAGAUGAUGAGCAAAGUAGGACCUGUUGGAUGACAGCAAUUAGGUUGCUUAAGUAUGGGAUGCAGCUGUAUCAGAAUUACAUGCAACCAUAUCAAGGUAGAAGUGUCUGCAGCCCUUUGAAUAUAACACCCAUGAGAAGUAUUUCAGAAAAUUCUUUAGUAGCAAUGGAUUUCUCAGGACACAGAAGCAGAAUUAUAGAAAAUCCAAUGGAAGUCCUUUCAGUUGCAGUUGAAGAAGGAUUAGCAUGGCGGAGGAGAGGGUGUCUACGACUCAACUCACAUGGUAGUCCUAUUGCCAUGUCUAACGUGGCUAUACACAGAUCUCAGUCUUGGUUUCAUCAUAAAAUCUCUAGAGAUGAAGCUCAGAGGCUUAUUUUGCAGCAUGGACUUGUAGAUGGGGUAUUCUUGGUACGUGAUAGCCAAAGUAACCCCAAAACAUUUGUAUUGUCAUUGAGUCAUGGAUUAAAAAUAAAACAUUUUCAAAUUGUACCCUUGGAAGAUGAUGGGAAGCUAUUUUAUACCCUUGAUGAUGGUCAAACCAGAUUUACUGAUCUCAUCCAGCUAGUGGAAUUCUACCAACUUAAUAAAGGAGUACUGCCUUGCAAGUUAAAACACUAUUGCGCACGAAUUGCUCUUUAA